AUGGGCUGCACGCCGUCAACGCUCAACCGACAGCACGACGAGGCAGACGCGGUGUUGACGAAAGCUACCGACGUCGUGGUCGAGCCCCACGUGUCGUCAGUGGAUAAGCCGUCGGUUGGAGUGGAGUACAAGUGGCCGGACAUUGGCCUUCAGUUCGUGCCGGGCGAAGUGAGCGUCAACGAGUACGGCGUCGCCUUUUACAACUUUGACGGCUACAAUCCAGCCGACUCGCACCAGGACAUCCACGUGUGCAAGCGCUACUCGGAAUUCAAGCGCAUGUACACGGAGAUCUCAGCGCUCGUGCUUCGGGCGAACAAGUUCCAGAUGUACCCGAGUCUCCCGCCAAUGCCUCCAGCGAACGCAGUCACGUUUGUGCUUGGUCGUGGCCACGAGAACGUGGUAAGAGCGCGGGAAGCGCAGUUUGUCAAGAUCCUCAACGCAAUGGCAGCGCAUCCCGUGGCGUCGCAGAGCGACUCGUUUACGCAGUUUAUCGCUUAG